UACAGAAGCUAGUCAGUUUGUUGACAGCGCGGAGGAAGAAAUAUGGCGGCGCCCACAGCAUUGGUGCAGAUAAUGAACACACGGACAGAUAAUUGCUUAAACGCAACCGGCCAACGUGGCAAAUGUUUUUUAGUAGACUCAGGCGAACUACAGGACUAUUUAGUGGAUUUCUUGGAGAAUGAGGUAGGCAGCGACCUGAAAUCCUUGAGGAAUGUUGGUGACCUGCUGGAUAAACUGAGAGAGGAAAACAACGUCUUGGAGGAACAGGUUCUGACUGUAUCCAGCUCUGUGCCUCCUAAAGUUUUUGCAGCUCUGUCUGCUGCAGAGGAGGCACGAUGUUCCCUGGAGGACCUGCUGCAGAGAGAGCGAUUGAUCUCCAACAUGCUGCACCAGCACCUACAGGGGGCCCAGCCUUGGAUGGAUAAUCUUGGCCAGACACUUAACCAAGUCGACACUAUAGAGAGACACAUGAAAUAUCUACGGUGCCUUCAACAUAUAGAGGAACUCAGUGCUGCCGUUCAGCAGUGUCUGAUGACCAGCAGUGUCUGGGAGGCCAUAAGGGCAGUGGAUAGCAUGGCUAUGCUGGAUGCUGGACUAAACCAAUCUGGGUGUUCUCAUCUUCAGAACUUCCUCCGAGAAACACUUCACUUCUGGCACAAGAUCAUCAAAGACCGACUGGCCAGUGAUUUUGAGAAAGUAUUGACUCAACUUCAUUGGCCCAUCAUCUCCCCUCCAACUCAGUCACUGACUCCCACUACCAACUGUCAGGAGCUCAACAGCCAGCUGGAGCUGCUGGUCACACAGCUCCUUGCCCUGCAGACCUCUGAUAACCUCUUAUCCCAGAGGGCUUUGGCUUCUAGUGUGCCUUCUGUCCAGCCUGCUUCUUCAGCCACACCUCCGUCCCAAGCUCCUCCCCUGUGUCUUCCAAUCCAGAUCAUGCUGCAGCCACUCAGCAAGAGGUUCAGAUACCACUUCUAUGGGAAUCGACAGACCAACUCCCUUGGCAAGCCAGAGUGGUACCUCACUCAAGUUCUGAUGUGGAUGGGUAACAGUUCGACCUUCAUGGAGGAAAAGAUCCAACCCAUCCUGGAGCGAGCUGGGGCCACCAUCAGUGCCAGGGUGGAGCUGUGUCGAGGCCUGUUGUCUCUGGUUCAGGAGAAGGUGGCCAGUGAUGCUUCUAGGCUGCUGUACGAUGAUAUGAUCUUUUGUCACUUGGUGGAGGAGGUGCUACAGUUUGAGAAGGAGCUGCGAAGCAACCAGUUGUAUCCAGCAGUGCUGCCUGGUCUGCUUCACCUACUCCUUGAGGAUGCAAUCCUUCAGAAGUGGCUCACUGUGGAAAAGAAGAUGGCAGUAGAGAAGAUGGACGCCAUGCUGUCAGCCGAGGGAGCCUGGAGCUCUCAAUACAAAGAUAUCAGUGAUAUGGAUGAGCUGAAGGCUCCAGAUUGUGCUGAGACUUUCAUGACUCUGCUACAGGUCAUCACUGAACGGUACCGGACUUUGCCCUGUCCUUCUGCACAACUGAAGUUUCUGGGGCUACAGAGAGAACUGGUGGAUGACUUCCGUAUACGGCUCACCCAGGUGAUGAAGGAGGAGUCUCGCUGCCCCCUGGGUGCCCGUUAUUGUGCCAUCCUUAAUGCUGUCAACUACAUCUGCACCAUCCUGGGAGACUGGGGGGACAAUGUGUUCUUCCUGCAGCUGCAGCAAGCAGCGGUUUCACUUGGUGAGGAAGGAUUACUGGGAGGUCUGGGGAUUAUGGAGGUGGGUCGCCUGGCUUCUCUGGAGGGCUCUCUAUUUGAAGGUCUGCUGGCAUUGCUGGAUCGACUUAAAGGAGACAUGAUGGGAAGACUUUUGGAAUGGACCAUUAGGGAAAUCACAGAAAAAGCCAGACCAUACUGCCAAGACAGGUGGUUGUCCCUACCAUCCCAGCAUGACCAGUCCACCAUGACCCUGUCCAGUUCAGCAUGUCCCAUGAUGCUCUGUGUGAGGGACAGACUGUUGAACCUUCAUCAGGUCCUGAGUCUCUCUCUAUUCCAACUUGCCUGGCAGGGCCUGGCGGAGAGACUUGACAACUUUCUCUACCAGGAUGUGAUCCUGUCUAAUCAUUUCAGUGAUGGUGGGGCAGCUCAGCUUCAGUUCGACAUGACCAGAAACCUAUUUCCUCUGUUUGGGCACUACUGCAAAAGACCUGAGAACUUCUUUAAGCAUGUCAAGGAGGCGUGUAUCAUCUUGUGUCUUAAUGUGGGCUCUGCUAUUCUGCUGAGGAAUCUCCUUAAAGAGUCAGAGGAGGAGAUGAGAGAUUGGGCAGGCGCGGAGGAUCCUCCACCAGAGUCUGCAUUGCAUGAGUUGGGGGUUUAUUGCUUGGCACCCUGUGAUGUGUUGAUCCUGCUCAACCUUAGAGCCUCCUGGCCUGGACAGUAACAAUGAUCCUUGUUGGUGUAGAGGGUGCAUCAGAUUGAGCGCUCUUAAAAAUUUGCCUUAAUCUUCUAUGUAAAUGUUAAUCACAUAGUAUUUAAUUGUCAUUGUACUACCUACUUACCCAUUAUCUAAGUUGACUGAAGUACAACAACAAGUACAAACAAUAAUUGUCCUUUGUCUGGUGGAUUAUGUAAUAAACUCUGCUUACCUGCAAUGAUCUUACCUUUA